AUGAAAAAGUCCGAGCUGAGGCUCCGCAAGAGGAGGCCAGAAAGGCCUGUGGUCUCACCUGGCCCAACCCCCUCCCCCCUGCAGUUGCAGGUGCUGUGCUUGGAGGAGAGAAGGACAGGCGGUGCUGCAAAGCAGGAAAACAAGCCUCGCUCUUUCCCUGCCCCCCCACAGCCCCCCAUGUCUGAAGCCAGGAAGGAGGUUGUUGGAGAGGCAUUCCGCAAAUUGGACAAGACCGGCGACGGCUGCGUGACCGUGGAGGACCUCCAGGGGGUCUACCAAAGCCAGACCCACCCCAAGUUCAAGAGCGGGGAGUGGACAGAGGAGGAGGUGUUGCGCUUCUUCCUGGAUAGCUUUGAUUCUCCUGAGAAGGAUGGGAAGGUCACAGCUGAAGAGUUCCUGGACUAUUACAGCGGCAUCAGCGCCUCCAUCAACAGUGACGAGUACUUUGUGGACAUGGUAAAGGCGGCCUGGAAGCUUUAGGGCUCCUACAAUUGCACCCCAGCCCCAAUUUGGAGGCAGAAGAGUGGGGGGGGGGGAGGGAAUAUGUACACCCUCCACGGUGGGGACCUGGUGACUUUGUUCCCCUCAAAACAACCCUAUGAGGUAGGCCAGGCUGAGUGUGAUUGGCCCACGGUCACUCAGCAUGUUUUCAGCACAGAGUAGGGGUCAGAACCGGCGCUAAUGUAGUCAUCUAAGAAUAGGAUGCUAGGUGCGAUAAAAGAAGGCAGCGGGUUUGCUCUCAAUUAAUGUUAUUAAUAUUAUUAACGUAUUAAUAAUAUUAUUAAUGUAUUAAUGUUACAUGUCCAUUUGUUAAAAUGUUAAGUUCCAUUUGGUUGAGGUGUUUUAGUUGAUGGUUCGGUAUUUUUCUGUUUAUUAUUCUUGUGAUAUUGGUCCUGUUUUCCUGUUUACCAUCUUCUUCUGUAUAAUUAUUUUGAGAAAAUUAAUGUAAACAUUUUUUUUAAAGUAUUGAAUUGCCCUGGAUUUUAGUCCGGUGCUCCAGCCAUUGCUCGAUGGAUGAACGCAGUCGUGGCGGUGGGAUGGAGGCCUGGAACCAGGGGGUGGGGGCGGGAGGCUUUGCUCUUGGGCAGAC